CGUUGUACGUUUUUAGUUACGUCCGCGACGUCGAAAUCGGUUUGUUUCAUCACUGGCAUGGUCUGUAGUCCUAACUGGGACACGAAGCGGUUUCUUGUGUCUUGAAAGAUGCUAGAUUCACCCAAGAUUUGCAGAUAUCACAAAACUAGAAAUGGCAAGCUUCCUUCAGACUGACUGAGUACGGUAGCUACCUUUGCCUAGGUGAGCUGAGUGUAGUCGGCGCAUCACAAACAAUCUGAGGCAGCUACGGAGAGAAGAUGGCGGAGUACUCGCCUGUCCUGCCGAUGAGGGAUGGUGGAGCAAGGUUCGGUGUCGGACAGCCCAUCUUUCCCCGGUCCCGAUCCGGUUCAGAAUCCGACAGUGAACUGUCACAGAGCCUGGCCCGAACCAAAAUCCGGUCGUACGGGAGUACUGCUAGCGUCGCAGCUUCUCUCGGCGAGAAAUACGUGGAGCAUCGGGUGACGGACAGCGACACUUUGCAAGGGAUAGCCCUAAAAUACGGAGUAACGAUGGAGCAGAUCAAGAGGGCCAACAAACUAUUCAGCAACGACUGUAUCUUCCUGCGUAACAGCCUCCACAUUCCCGUCGUCUCAGAUAAGUGUUCUCCCUUCAAUGGCCUGUCUCUGGAGUCCCCUGACGGAGAGGCCCAGGCGCAGGACUUCACCCCGCUCUGUGGGGUGCAGGACAGAAACCGGGUCACAGAGGAAGACCCGUUACCACCUCCCACCUCGGCCCCUGGGGCAGGGGAUAAGGACAUUGACAAUAUUAAACGGCACCAGCCCGAGGAGCUGUCGGCUAAAGACUUCCUCCACAGACUGGACUUGCAGAUUAAACAGUCAAAGCAGACGGCAAGGAGGCUCAAAGAGGAGGAAGUGAGGGACAGUGAAGAGGAAUACACACUCCCUGUUUCAUCAUACCAGGAGAUUUAAAGGACUCACUGGUUUACCUGACGGACUGGGGAACGUCCAUCCAUCCUGUCAUCUCUUUUUUUUUAUCCCAUCUCUCGUUUCACUAAACCACGCCGCUGAAUCUCAUGUCUCAUUGAACUGAGGGAUUCGUCACUUGCCUUUUAAAUUUGUAAUUUAUUUUAAUAUUAUGACUAUAGUUUUUUUUUACUGUAGUAUUGACUGUAGGUACUACAACACUCAUCCGCUCACUACAAGUGUCCAUCAAAUCAGGCUGUUGUACCGAGCACCCCUGUGCAGUGUUAGACAGAAAGACAGACACAGGUGUUCAAGGUAUUCACUGCUCUAAGCCGACAGGCCAACUCUGAUGAUCCAAAUCCCUCCUAGAAUAGCAUCAGCCCAGUAGAUGGAUAGAUAUUGAGACGUCUUCAGUAUUUCAUCUUCCUCCUCAGUGUUUUAAAAGUUUGCUCUGUCUCAAGUAGCACCCUCUUUUUUGAUGUAUCGCUUCUUUUGACCAAAGCCUAUAGGUUUCUGGUGAAAUAUAGUGUACUACAUUGGGAAAAGGUCCCUUUUUGGACUUCUUGACUAAAUACUUGCAAGAAGCUGCGGAAGGGCAGAGUGGAAAAGCCUUUUACAUGUUUUGUUUACCUGUUAAGAAGCUUAUAUCUGAAACAGAAAGGGAAAGCUAUUUUUGAUGUGUGAAUGUAUUGUUUUUAAAGUGUGUGGAAUUAUUAAACCAUGCCUGAGUUUUAA